GCACAAUCACAAUUACAGCAACGCUGUGGAUUUAUCUGAAUUCACUCUAUAGUUGCAAUGUCUAUCUUGAGCGUGGAAGAUCCGCUCUCCUUGUUGUCUCAUUGUCUCCUCUUCAGCUUCUGUUUUUGUGCUGCCACUUUCCCUUUCGAUAUUCUGGUUGAAGGAAUCGGAUCUCUACGCAAGUUUGGAGAAAGGCGGCGGCUGGGUUGCUCUUACGAUAGCAUCAAGAGCAUUUCGAGGAGGACAAGAGCUUCUGAUCAAUGUACAGAUUAGAUAUGGUACAAUGCAUCACUCAGUGAGCAGUUGCCCAAGUGGCGGUCCAGUCUUCUCUAGGAGGUAGUUCAGGAAAUAUGAUUCAUACGACGGUCGGCGAAUCAAGAUCAUGGAGAGGAUCAUUAAGCAGAAGCAAAUAGAGCAACCGGCUCG